AUGGCAGGUACGGUACCCGCUUACCGCACCACUGAUCGCAAGCUCACCUUGUCCGUAGACCUGCACAGCAACAACUCCUUCGACUCGGGCGCAAGCCUGAUUGCCGGCUUCCAGUCGGGAGGCUUCACCAUGGACCAGGUGUCUGCGUUCACGGCCAUCAACGAUCAUUCCGUUGGUGCCGGGUCCACGCGCACCGUGUCUCCCAAAGACAUCUUUAGUGAUGCCUUCGGCUCUGCUCCCCCAUCUGCAGCGUUCACAAACUUGACUUCCCCCGACAUCGACCAGUCCCCCUUUAUCAGCGACAGCUUCGAGUGCUCCCCCAUGUUCCAGGGAGAGCCAAUCAUCUCCAAUACCAGCGAUUGGUUCUCCCUGUUUCCCGAAGAAGAGACCAAGGCUGCUGAGCCUGCUUAUGCUCAUGCAGCCAUCUCUCUCCCUCUGGAGCGCACCAUUAGCAGCCAGUCUAUGGAGCGAUCUGGGUCCUCGAGCACCGAUUCUCCUCUAGUAUUGGACAGCUCGUUUCGGCGGAAGUCUUCGGUCACCAACUCACCUGCUACAAACGGCAUCAGCAAGGCUCGUCGCCGAAAAGGUCCUCUCCCUGUCAUCUCCGUCGACCCAGGCGACAAGGUCGCCUUGAAGCGAGCACGCAAUACCCUUGCCGCUCGUGAGUCUCGACAAAGGAAGUUCGACCAUGUCAGCGAUCUCGAGCGACGCAACUCUGAGCUUGAGGCUGAGAUUGAGAAAUGGAAGAGCAUUGCUAUUGCUCAUGGAUACAACGGAUCAUGA